GAAUAUAACUAUAUUACCAAAAAUGCUACUAUUAAGUUUCACCAUUUGCCUAUUUAUCUUUCUUUUUACAUCUCUCAUUUCACACACAUAUGAGAUCUUAAGUAUAGACACAUACACAAAAAAAAUAAUGGCAAUAGAUAAGUCAGCCAAGAUCUUCGUUGCUGGCCACCGUGGAAUGGUCGGAUCCUCCGUGGUCCGCAAACUCAACCAACUCGGCUUCCACAAUCUCAUCCUCAAAACUCAUUCCGAUCUCGAUCUCACUAACCAAUCAGAUGUCGACACGUUUUUCUCCACUAAUCAACCUGAUUACGUCAUCCUCGCCGCCGCAAAAGUCGGCGGUAUUCACGCAAACAAAACGUACCCAGCUGAUUUCAUAACCUUAAAUCUCCAAAUCCAAACAAACAUCAUCGUUUCAUCAUUUAAAUACAAAGUUAAAAAACUUUUAUUUUUAGGUUCUUCUUGUCUUUACCCUAAAUUUUCACCACAACCAAUUCCCGAAAAUGCCCUUUUAACUGGGCCAUUAGAAGAAACUAAUGAAUGUUAUGCUAUUGCAAAAAUAGCCGGUAUUAAAAUGUGUCAAGCUUAUAGAAUUCAACACAAUUUUGAUGCUAUUUCUGCAAUGCCAACAAAUUUAUUUGGUACAAAUGAUAACUUUCAUCCUGAAAAUUCACAUGUUUUACCUGCUUUAUUACGUAGAUUUCAUGAAGCUAAGAUUAACAAUGUUGAUCAAGUUGUUGUUUGGGGUAGUGGUUCACCAUUAAGGGAGUUUUUACAUGUUGAUGAUUUAGCCGACGCAGUUAUAUUUUUGUUGGAAAAUUAUAGUGAUUUAGAACAUGUUAAUGUUGGGAGUGGAAAUGAAGUUAGUAUUAAAGAAUUAGCUGAAUUGGCUAAAGAAGUUGUGGGGUUUAAAGGGGAGUUAAUUUGGGAUUCGACUAAGCCAGAUGGUACACCAAGAAAGCUUAUGGAUAAUUCAAAGAUUGCUGCAUUGGGUUGGAAACCGAAGAUUUCGCUUCGAGAUGGUCUUGUUGAUACAUAUAAAUGGUAUUUGGAGAACUAUGGCAAGCAGUAGUUCAGGUCUGUUGUUAUUUUUGCUAGAUAUGAGAUUGUUAUUCUUGUUUGUUGAAUGAGUUUAAUAAGCUUGUAGAAAGCUUAGAUGAAUUCUUGAUUAUUUGUUGUACUGAUUUGAGUACUAUUAUGUUAAUUAUAUUUCCAAUGAUCCAAUUUUUAUUCAA